CUAACGCGUCGUGACGUAGGGAGGCGUGUGUGACAUUUGCUGCUGUAAGCUAGGAGCCGGAUAAAAAUGAACUGAGGCAGGAAAUAGAGUAUUUUUUUUUCCUUUUAGCAACUAGUUUGACUUUUUAUUUGGAUUUUGUGGUCCUUCCGGCGUUAGAAGAGACAGUUUAGAGGGAAGGAGAAAACUUCUACUUUGGCCUGAUUCGAUUUAUUAUCGGCUAGCGCUUUUUACUUAACUUGUACAGUUCGGAGUUAGAACUGUUCUCGUUUCCAUGGAUAUUUCUAACUUGUUGAGAUAAUUUAUGUAACUUAAUGUUGUUGUCUUUUUCCGGCUUAAGCUGAGUUUGCUGACUGCUUUUCUCGCCUACAAGGGUACAUUUUUGCCUCCUUCUGCAGCUUUCUCACUUUCCUAUGCUGACCUCUCGGGGCAGGUGUGCUGAAAGUAGGCCAGGUGUGCAGUGGUACAGAAAGGGUACAUUGUAAUAUAAUCACGGUGUGUGGUACUGGUCCAACAGCCGACUUCAGGGAUUUGUAACAGAGGUGCCACCAUGCUGCUCUCUCUGGUUGUGCACACAUACUCGCUGCGGUACUGGUUUCCUGCCACCAUCAUGCUGGGUACAGCCCCAGCAUAUGUUCUGUCAUGGGGGGUUUGGCGCUUACUUUCCACCGUCUUACCAGCAAGGUUUUACCAUAAAUUAGACGACCGACUGUACUGCAUCUACCAGAGCAUGGUCCUGUUCUUCUUUGAAAACUACACAGGGGUCGAGAUUGUUAUAUAUGGAGAUAUACCAAAGAAUAAAGAGAACGUCAUCUACCUUUCUAAUCAUCAAUGCACAGCUGAUUGGAUUAUUGCUGACAUGCUGGCCAUCAGACAGAGCGCCAUCGGUCACCUCAGAUACGUCCUAAAAGAUGGACUCAAGUGGCUCCCGUUGUAUGGCUGGUAUUUUUCACAGCACGGGGGAAUCUUUGUGAAAAGAAGUGCAAAGUUUAAUGAAAAGGCCAUGAAGAGGAAGCUUCUCAGUCAGACUCGAUGUGGAGCUCCAAUGUACCUUGUCAUUUUUCCCGAAGGAACUCGGUAUAAUCCAGAGCUGAAGAAUGUUAUCACCGACAGUCAGAAGUUUGCUGAGCGAGAAGGGCUGGCUGUUCUGAAGCACACUCUCACACCCAGGGUGAAGGCGUCUCACCUCGCCGUUAACAUCAUGAAUGACAGCCUGGACGCCGUAUAUGACGUCACAGUAGCUUAUGAGGGAACGCUGGACGACUCCGGUCAGAGGAGACCCGCGCCUUCGAUGGCAGAAUUCCUAUGCAAGGAAUGUCCCCGCAUCCACAUCCACUUCGACCGCGUGGACAUCAAGGGAAUCCCAUUAGAGCCCGAGCUUUUCCGCAGGUGGAUGCACAACCGUUUCGAAAUGAAGGACAGGAUGUUGACAGAUUUCUACGAGUCAGAGGAUCCGGAUAAAAAGGGCAGAUUCCCCGGCGAGGGCAGAAUCUCUCCGCUGAACCUCUCCAAGUCCCUUCCCUCUGCGCUAAUUUUGGGAGGGCUAACACUGCCAAUGCUGCUGACGGAGAACGGCAGAAAACUUUACGUGAGAACCUGGGUUUACGGGACGCUGCUGGGCUGGCUCUGGGUGAACAUUUCUCCCUAAAAGCUGCAGGGGAGACGACUGCCAUGGUGAGACACGGGGAAGACGCGGAGCGAGGUGCUCCUUUUCUUGUAUCGCAGAAACGCUCAGUGUGUUUCAGAUGCAGAGCCGCACCUUGAUGAGAUCCAAGAGUGUUCGACUGUCCAGCUGUUGACCGGAGACACUGAUAGAUACUUGAACCUUUAUGUAAAA